AUGGAUAAAACCGUUAUUCCAACGUCCAUGGAAAAAUUAUAUAAAAAUCUCAUAUUUUGUGGCGAAAUCGAUUUUUACUGCAUAGGAUGUAGAGAAUUAUUUCAUAGCAUACCAGAAGUGGAAAAACAUAUACGAUGGGAAAAACACAGAACGUUUUUAAAAAAUCAAAGUUAUAUAUCAAGCUACAAGAAAGAUUGCAUUCUUAAGAUACAUGAACACUUUUAUUGCGAAAUAUGCAACUAUGUUUUCACUGAUAAAGAUCAUAUUAUUAUACACAUCGAAAGUGAGAGCCAUAUAUCUACAAAAAUGAAGAGGAAUACUGGGCCCCCGACUGAACCUCCAAAGUUUAUAGGAAUUUAUGAUUCUGAAUAUGUAGUCAUAAAGAAAGUCAUACUGGAUAUGCCCCAGUGGAACACCAUAACUAACCAGAAGUGUUAUGUGUGUGAUGAAGAAGUUCCAAAUACUUUAAUUCGUAAACACAUGAAAUUUGGAGGACAUAUAAUCAACUUAAUUCAGUCUAAAACCAUAUAUGAAGAAGAGCGAUACUACCGACUGGUUUGCAGAAAUCAGCGUUUCUGCUUUACAUGCAAAAAGACUUUCUCAGCUGAAGAUUUUGACGAUCACUGGAGCACCUGUCAAAACAUUGAAGUACUUGAGAUCCAGAGACUGAAAGAAACCAGAACUGCCGCCAUGGAGGACAUAGCUAAGAUGCAGGAAAUUCAAAAAAAGCUAAUUAGUACUGUACAAGAGUUCUACUGGGUAGAUGAAAAAAACAACAUUGCAACAUGCAGAUACUGUAAGACAGUUGUAAAUAUACUGUUCAAGCCAAUGAUAGAUCACAUGAAAAAUAAACAUGAUAAUCAUCAAUCAUCUGACGAAUCUUCUUCUGAUGAAGAAGUUCAAUUUAGUGAAGUUAUAGACUUUGGCAAACGGAGAAAAGAAUUGGCUGAAUUUGGCAGACAACACCAUGUCAGACUCAAUCACAAUGCCAGUAAAGGAUGGUGCUCAGUUUGUGACUGCUACAUGUCUGCCCAUAAAAGGGUUUUUAAAAUUCAUAUUCGAGGAUACAUUCAUAAGGGUUUCUUAGAAAUCCAAGGUUUAACUCCUCCAGUGCAUGAACCUGAGCCAAGAGAUUUUAAAACAAUUUCUGUUUAUGACUAUAGCUUGGAAUAUAUACCUUCAGAGAAAGCAUUUCAUAUUGAUAAUAAAUAUGUUGUGGAUGUAUUCAGCUUUUUCCUAUUGUUUAAAAUCGAGGGUAAUCCACAUGUGAAGAAAACAAAAUGUUUUGCAUGUAAUGAAUUAAUUGCGCAAGGGCAAGAGCGCAAACAUUGUGAGACUGCUGAACAUAAGGAGAAAUUUCUAGAAGCUAAACUUAUAGAACCCGGGAAGAAUAAAGAUGCUCCUAAUUUUGGGGAAUAUAUCAGAGAAAUAAAGCCAAACUUGUAUCAUUGUGGAUUAUGCAAUCGUACUUUUCCGUUCAGAGCAUCAUUGGAGUUUCACAAGGCAUCAAAUGGACAUCAAUCGAUAAAGACCAACCGAAUUGUAAAUCCCGAAGCACCAGCUAUAGUAUUUAACACAAGACAUGAUGAUGUUUACAUAAAACUUUUGACAAUUUGUUUAAAGGACCAAGCUAAGUAA